CCGUAUUGACAGUUCAUUGCCGGUAAUACAUACGUCAUACGUCAAAAAUAUCGAAGUCGAACGAAGGUAGUUCAAAUAACGGAAAAUGAUAACAUAAAAAUAUAGGUUAAGUUAGGAUUUUGCAAUUUUGCUACUUUAGGGAGUAUUUAAGGCAAAUUUUGCGGCUGUUUAGGUUAGCCCCUGAAGUGUAAUUAUUUUACUAUAAGCUAUUUUAUACCACCAAUUGAGAAAUGGAAUCUUUAAAUCCCGAGGAUGUUUUAAAGUUUUUAGACCUCAUUAAUACACUAAAGCACAGUAGUCGUAGAGGUUGGGAACUUUGUCAUGUUAAUAAUCAUGAACAAAUUGCUGGACAUAUGUAUGCCAUGGGAAUAAUGACCUUUCUACUGGGAAAUGAAUCAAAGUUGGAUAGAUUUAAAUGCCUACAACUAGCUUUGGUGCAUGAUUUAGCCGAAUGUAUAGUAGGAGAUAUUACCCCCCACGAUAAUAUCACAGAGGACAAAAAGCAUCAAAUGGAAGAUGAGGCCAUGAAAGAGGUAACAAGUUAUGUUGGUAGUGAGGUAGGCACUUUAAUAUACUCUCUCUAUAAGGAGUAUGAAGCCAAAGAAACACAAGAAGCAAAAUUUGUGAAAGAUUUAGAUAGAUUUGAUAUGCUUUUCACAGCUGCUCAUUAUGAAAGUAGAGACGGUACUCCACAAAAACUUCAAGAAUUCUUUGAUGCUACAGAAGGGAAGUUUAAUCACCCUUAUAUCAAGAAACUAGUUGAAUCAUUAAAACAAAGAAGAAAAACUCAAAGUUCAAACCAUGUGGAUUCUGAAACAGCAUAGUGACUAAAAAGUCAAAAAAUGUAUUUUAUUUAUUUAUUUUCUCAUUUCAAAUGAUAUUGUACCUGUUUUCAAAUUUGAAAAUAAAUUUAACCAGUA